AUGGUCGAUGAUGUUGGCAGAGGGCUGAAGGUGCGCGAGGUGAUGAUCAAUGUGUCCCGCCAGCAGGUGGAGGACUUCCAUGGCCCCGAGGACUACUGGUGCCUCUGUGUGGCCUGGAGCCACCUUGGUACCUCCAAGAGCCGGAAGGCAACUGUCCGCAUCGCCUAUCUGAGAAAAAACUUUGAGCAGGACCCCCAGGGGAAGGAGGUGCCCAUCAACGGGAUGAUCGUUCUGCACUGUCGCCCUCCAGAGGGAGUGCCAGCAGCAGAG